AUGCCUGUGGCUGCUUGGGGUUGGGCUGCCCGCUUACUUACCCUGGGAGGCAGAUUUGUUGCCUUUAGGGAUGAACUUCAGGGAGCUGCUGAAUAUUCAGAAGCUGGACUGCCCCUGCUUGGAGCUAUCAUCGAGGAACUCGUGGCCAAGCCCGUGGCCGCAUUUACCGCAGGACACCGUAAAGGCAUCAGGCUGAUUGCCUCGGGCCGCUUGGCCACGCUAUCAUCGUGGAUGGUCUCCGUGAAGGCUGGCCACGGUGACGAGUGCUCCUACUUGGAGCGGCGGGAGAACAGCUCACAGCCGCACUUGGUGGAUCGGAUCGUCUUCUGUGUCUUCUUGGAAGUUGACUUCAAAAUCUACAAAAAGAAGAUGAAUGAGUUUUUCCCUGUAGGUGACAAUAAUGAAGAGGAAGAUGUGGACAUGAAAGAAUAUUCAGAUGAGAAUGGUCCGGAAGAGAAGCAAAGUGCAGAAGAAAUAGAAGGACAGAGCCAAGAAGCAGGGGGUAUCAAUACGUCCACUGUGCCGAGCCCGAUUUCAGAAGAAGCGCUUGAAGUCUGUAACGAUGAAGUUACUACAAAGGAUGACAAUACAAAAGAAGAUGAAAUAGCAGAUCUUUCUGUGUAUGACCAAGAUCAUCAUAAUGGACAAGAGGAUGAUCCAAAGAAGAAUGAAAUAAAAAUUGAGACAGAGCCCCAGAGCUCAUAUAUGGAAACAGAAGAGUUUUCAUCCAUCGAAGAUGAUGCCAGGAUUGUUACACAACCAGAAGUGAUUCCAAUAGUAGAUGACCCGGAAGUUGAAGAAAGGAAGGAAGCUCAAACAGAGGAAACCCCUAGCGUGCCUGUGAAAAGUGAAGGCUCCAGGGAAGACACAGAAGAGGCUACGGGCCCUGAUGUUGAAAUGAAUAGUCGGGUUGACAGUAUAAAUGAACCAGCAGAGAGUCAGCAAGAAGAUUAACUAAUAGGACCACGGGAUGAAGCAAAGGAACAGAGAAGUGGCACUAAAUGAUAGACCUCAGCAUUAUUCAACCUCUUCAGGGGGAUGCAGGCAGACAGGAAUAUAUUCUAUGGAGAAGGUGGGGGGAGGGAAGUCCCACAGAAGGGUGGCAAAUCCUUUGCUCUAAUUUCUCAAACUGCAUUUUGUUCUACCUGCCGAAAAAGAAAAUAAAA